CCUAUACAUUCGUUGAAGCGAGAAAAUUCUAUGACAUGUUCGUUACGACAUUGUUGUGAUCACCGAGCCCUUUAUAUACUUACUGCGACGCGUUGUUAACGUUUUUUUUUUACCUCUUUUUUUACCUUAACCAAUACGCGUAUUCUGCCUCCAAUGUCUGAUUCCGACUCUGACAGUGAUAACGGUUUGCCGCAAUACAAUGACCGACCCGUAAUCGCCACUGCUGCUUCCAACAGCCUCCGCUCUCUACUAUUGGAGAGCUGGAAACAAGGCGACGCCUAUGAUCUUGCAAAAGCUGUCGUCGAACUUCGGCUCAAAAAUUGGGAACAAAGCGAACGAGGGGCCCAGAAUAAAAGCGAUUCUUUGGAGAUCCUUGGCCUUGAUUUUAGCCGGGUGCAAUAUCACGGCGCCCUAAGGGAAAAUCCUCAAAAGGAUUCCCAGAGCAUUAUCCAGGCCAUCCGGGAGUCUCAGACUGUUGAUAAGGGCUCUCUGAAAGAUAUCUGGACAUGGAGUAGACUGCCCUACUCUGUCCGAUGCGCAGGCUUGAAAGCGGAGGCUCAAGUCGAAGGCGGGGAUGGGUCUACCACUGGCGCCCGUGAAAAUAAAAAAGCUCGAGUUGAAAGAUAUGACGAGCUCGUUGCCGACGCAGACGAAUGGAUUCUGAAAAAUGAAGGACACCUUCGAUUCCUGUCUCGAAAAGCUAAAUUCUCUCCCAAUUUCUGGAGGUACGGACUCUUGCGCAUUGAGGACUUGCCCGUCGUUCUGGGUGGUGGCGCGUUCUCUAUCCUGCCAGACAAUACUGCUAUCAAGAUCACCCGUAGCGAUGUCUCAUCCUUGCCGGGCUUCACUGUCCUUGGUGAAAAACGGAAAGCUGCUGUAUAUCUACAGCCGGAUAUCCAAUCUUUCAAAUCUUGUUGGGAUGCCAUGACUGACAACGUCCUGCGUGGCCUUAAUUGGGACAACAUCUUUGUGGCUGGCGGGCUUGUCUUCGGCACACUCCUCACACCUCACGUGCCCAGCAACUAUACGGACGUCAGCAAAGCCGACGAAUGGAUUGCCUCUGAUAUCGACCUCUACAUCUAUGGGCUCAACGCGAAACAAGCUAAUGACAAAAUUCGACAUGUCGAGGAAGUCUAUAAAAGCAACUUGCCGGCUGGAUCGCCCUUUCUCGUUGUCCGCAACUCGCAGACUAUUACGUUCUAUUCGGCGUGGCCCAAGAAGAGGGUCCAAAUUGUUCUCAAAUUGGUGAAAAGUCCUCGUGAAGUGCUUUUGAACUUUGAUUUGGACGUGUGCGCUGCUGGUUAUGAUGGUGCAAACGUGUGGAUGCUUCCAAGGUUUGUUCGCGCGAUGGAGACUGGCACCAGCAUCUUUACCAUGGAUCUCAUCAAUGGACAUUACCUAGGGGAUAGGAAGGUGACUCGUGACCCACGCGUGUUCAAGUAUGCCAACAAAGGCUAUGGCAUCCGAAUUCUCCCAUCAUACCAGUCGGCCCUCUCGACUUACACCUCCUCAGAGCAAACCAAACUGAUUUCUCGUGGUGAGAACCUCUUCCCAGCUCCGCUCUCCUUGAAGGACCUGGCAAUAAAAUCACGAACGUGGACGGACAAGUGUAUAAGCAGGUUCUUGCGGCUGGGACAUAAGAACCAUCCACUCUACUGGGAAAAUGCGAGCCACUAUGGGCAGAAGUUUCAACCCAUCAAGACAAACAGCACCGUCCCGGUGUUCACGCAUGCACUGUUAGAAAGUAACAUGCAAAGAUCCAGCGAGCCUUUGGGCAGGAGUUGCCUGACGGGAUUCUCGUUGUUCAUGAGGCACGUUGCGCUUUGGGAAGAAGAGGUCAAAGGGAAGAUCAUGAUCUACGACAAGUAUUGGGCGGAAAAUACGUACGGCAAUGGCUUUGCUCAUUCAUCUUACGAUGAUUCUCCCGAAUACGAAUGGAACGAAUCCUUCAAUCUCGAGGACUUCAGUGCGUCCAUUGAUUCGUUCAAUGACCGCGAAAUCAAAGGCUUCACGGAGGCAUACGAAUCGAUCGAAUGGUCUCGAGAUGGCCCUAUUAAAGUUUCUAAUGCUGCGAGGGUGACUUAUGGGGCAUCGGUGGAUGAAGCGCUCAGCAAGGAGAAGGAUAUUCGGAUUCCGUUGAUUCUGAAGAAAAAAUUUGUGGAUUUCGUGAAUACUAUGGUUCUCAAGGCGCUUGAAGAAGCGGGCAUCAAGGGCAGUCUUCCUCUUCUUGAGACUGUUGGGACGAACGACAGCGACGAGGAGCGGGCCUUUAUGUGGCGUCUGAACGAUAUACUCAACUGGCAGAUGAUUGAUCGCAGAAUUGACGAGAUCCGCGAAAUGCUGUGGGCCUUCCACCGAGGGAACGAUCAAGCUCAAUAUGAAGAGCGCAUCUACCAUGUCAUGGAGCAGAUCUCCAAGCGCGCCAUUCGUACAAGCGUAGAGGAAGAGAUGGAGGCCUUUGUUAUUUGGGUUGGAAGGAAGCCGUACCACCUCGAUUCAAAAAUCAAUGCCCAUUUCAUAGUGGCUGAUUUGCAUCGCAUGAAGCUGAGCGACUCGGGUGAGGAUGAUGAGUAGCCACAGAUAUACAUAAAAUUGGAUCUUUAGUACAUGUACAAUUCCACAUCGAUUUUUUCUCGGUGGUCGGUUAUCAUGAUGGUUGCCGACGCU